AACUGUGUAGACUUCCGGUUGCUGGCUUCGAAACUUCUUGUGUGUGUGUGUGUGUGCCCAAGGCCCUUUCGCCGUUCCCGCGAGUACUUCAAGCUGGAUAAUGCCGCUGGCCAACUCGAUCGACCCAUGGAGAGAGAAAGUCCCAAUCAGUAUCGUCGGUAUCGAGUCGGCCUCGCAGGAUAAUGUGGAGAUGGUUGUUGACGAGGCGUAUGAUCCGCUGCAGACCCAGCACCAUCAGCAGCAGCAACAACAGCCGCAGCAGACGGUUUUGGUGCAGCACCAGCAGCAGCAGCAGCUGCUACAACAGCAACAGUACCAUCAUCACCAUCAUCCGCACCUUCAUCACCAUCAGCCAGGGCAUCAACACCGGCAACAGCAGCCACCGGGAGUAGUCGUCACCGGGGGCUAUCAUCCACCGCAUGGCGUCUAUCACCUGCCACAGGAUUCGAUGCUGGACGAUAAUGGCCUCUGUCACGAGCGCACGCUGGUUGCCGGCGGGGCGCUGGACGAGGACGCGAUGGAGCUGGAUUUGACCGGUGGCGCUUUCAUUGGGUCCGACCCCGAGCUGUCACACCUGGCUCGGGACGACGUCACGUACGCCGGCCCGGGUGGCCCUGGGAACGGUGCCGACGAGCACGAGAUUGACAUCAAGGACAUUAUCCGCGAGGGCCACGAGAAGGCGGACCCGUCACAGUUCGAGCUGCUGAAGGUGCUGGGCGAGGGUUCGUUCGGGAAGGUGUUUCUGGUGAGAAAGAUUGUCGGCAUCGACGCUGGCACCCUGUACGCCAUGAAGGUGCUGAAGAAGGCGACCCUUAAGGUGAAAGAUCGCGUGAGGAGCACGAACGAGCGGAACAUUCUGGCGGACGUUGGUCACGCGUUUAUCGUUAAGCUCCACUAUGCCUUCCAGACGCCCGGCAAACUGUACCUCAUACUGGACUUUUUGCGCGGCGGCGAUCUCUUUACGCGGCUCAGCAAGGAGGUGAUGUUCACCGAGGAGGACGUCAAGUUCUAUCUGGCCGAGCUGGCUCUCGCCCUCAACCACCUGCACGGGCUGGGCAUCAUCUACCGGGACCUGAAGCCCGAGAACAUUCUUCUGGACCAGGACGGUCACAUAGCUUUAACGGACUUUGGCCUAUCGAAACAACCGCUGGAUGGUUCGAAAACGUACAGUUUUUGUGGUACGGUCGAGUACAUGGCGCCGGAGGUCGUCAAUCGGAAGGGGCACACGCUUGCCGCGGACUGGUGGUCGUUCGGUGUGCUGAUGUUCGAAAUGCUGACGGGCAAUCUUCCAUUCCACGGUAGCAACCGGAACGACACGAUGAACCAGAUCCUCAAGACGAAGCUGGGCAUGCCGGAGAACCUGAGCCCGGAGGCGCAAAGUUUGCUGCGGGCCCUGUUCAAACGCAAUCCCCAGAACCGGCUCGGUGCUGGCCCGAACGGUAUCGAUGACAUCAAGCGGCACGAGUUCUUCGCCAACGUCGACUGGGUGGCGUUCGAGCGGAAGGAGGUGCGGCCACCGUUCAUUCCGGCCGUGUCCCGGGACGAUGCGUUCUACUUCGACUCCGAGUACACGAACAAAUCGCCCAAGGACUCACCCGGCGGACCGGUCAGUGCCAGCGCGCACGAGAUUUUCCGCGGUUUCAGCUUCAUUGCGCCGGGUCUGCUGGACGAGCAGCCUAACUUUGCGAACGGCAGCAACAUGAUCAUGCAGCAGCAACCCGCAUCACGGUCACCGUUUUCGAACGAAAUUCCGGGCGUCAAACCGGUCGCCUUCGGGGACGAGUACAGUCUGAUGCAGGAGCUGGGCCGCGGGACCUUUUCUAUCUGCCGUAUGUGCGAGCAUCGCACGACGAAGAAGCAUUACGCGGUGAAGAUCAUCGACAAGUCGUACCACGAUUGCCGCGAAGAGGUGGAAAUUCUGCUCCGAUACGGCAACCAUCCAAACAUUGUGACCCUGUACGGUGUGCACGAAGACGCGAGCUACGUAUACCUGGUGAUGGAGCUGCUGAAGGGAGGCGAACUGUUGGACCGCAUCCUGGCCAUACACUACAUGUCCGAGCAGGAGGCCAGUGCCGUGUUGCGGACGGUUGUGUCGGCUGUCGCUUACCUGCACGAGCAUGGCGUCGUCCAUCGCGACCUGAAACCGUCAAACUUGCUUUACGCAUCCGUCAACCACACGCCCGACUCGCUCAAACUUUGCGAUCUGGGCUUCGCGAAGCAACUGCGUGCCGAUAAUGGGCUGCUGAUGACACCCUGCUAUACGGCGAACUUUGUGGCCCCGGAGGUGCUGAAGAAGCAGGGCUACGAUCUGGCCUGCGACAUCUGGUCGUUGGGUGUGCUGCUUUACAUUAUGCUCGAGGGUAAGACCCCGUUCGCCAGCACACCGAACGACUCGCCGGAUAUGAUCCUCGCACGAAUCGGCUCGGGAAAAGUGGACCUCGAAACAGGCAAAUGGCCAACGAUAUCGGAAGAAGUGAAAGACUUGCUCCGCCAGAUGCUGCACAUUGUGCCGCAGCGUCGUCCGACGGCGGCCCAGAUCCUGCGGCAUCCGUGGCUGUCGCGCUUGGGCACGCGGCCAACGUACCACACAAUGGCCACCCAGUAUGCCGCCAGUGAUCGGCUAACGAUUGUAGAGCAACCGCCUGUGGGCAAGACGAGCGAAAGCACCGCGGAAGCCAUCAAGGGGGCCGUGCAUGCGACCUUCCGAGCGAUUUCCUCACCACAAGCGGCUAACCUGGGCCCGGUCGGAAUGUCCGACCUGGCGCGAAGACGAAUGGACAAGCUGAACCACUCGUAAUGGGGUGUCUUCUGAAGAGGAGAGUUAGAAGAUUGGUUCCGCACCAUCUCUAUUGCAGUCCAUCUGAUACAACAUCUAAGAGUUUUUUUGUUUUAAAUUUAGACAACAUUGUGCCAGAAUCGUGUUUACUGUCAAGUGGGCAGAGUGUUUGCAUUAAACGGAUGAAACGUAGAAUGAUCAACAAUCCGCAUUGGUAUAGUAAGCAUAACAAGCAGUGACACUUUCGCAAAGUGCAGUUUCAAACUCAUCGUUAAAAACCGUAACUGGAAGGUGGCAGCUGGCGUAUAACUGGAAUGCCUACCCCGCCAUGAUCGCCAUUAUAUUGUAGAUUUUGUUUUCGUUGCGUUUUGUUGUCCGUCGAUAGGAAUAAUUUGUUUUUCUUAUUUAAGUUGUUUUAUAAACUGAUUGUUUGCCCCAUUACAAAUCCUUUCCAGUGUACAUUUUGCGCCCAACUAGAACAAUGCAUAGAUUGAAUCCAAUAGUAUUAUGGAACCAGAGUUCGUCUGUAAGGCAAAAACCGGAAACUCAAACCAGCAAACAAACGAAACCGUGCACUCUAUGUUUCACUGUAAUCAUUUGCAAAAUCAAGAUCAUGUUUUAUUUGUUAAACACAAACCGAAAUCAUCCGUAACGAGAAAAGAAAGAAAAUGUUAACGGAGUAAGAGUAACAAAACAGCCACCUGACACUUUUUGUAGAGAGAACUGUGUUCCGAUCGGAACCGUUGCACGGGAUGAUUUGAAAAGGGAAACGCUCGCCAAAACGUGUGCGUGGAGUAAAUAGCAAGCAGCAAAGUCUAUCGAUACCUUCCCCCCUGGACCGGGAUUGUGUGCCAUAUUGGAAGCGCAAAAGUGCGAAUCAAGAAAACAACGGACGAAUAGUUCAAUUAGCCGAAGAAGAAGAAGAGGACCGGAACUGUACAGACCCCCCACACACAGCACCGGGUGGGUAAGUUUAUCGCACUGGGCAGGGUUUAAAUUACUAACAAUAAUUUAAUGAUCGUUAGCAAACUAAUAGUAUCGUACUAAUAUACAUUUAUGGAUAUGCAUAUACAUAUAUAUAGUCUACAUUAAAAUAUACAAUCAUAUACAUACGACCGGGGAAUAGGAAGAUUGGUGGCCGAAACUAGGACGGCCGCAUCUUCUUGUGAGCCGAUAAAUCAGAAUAAAACAAAAACAAAAUACAAAACAUAUUUACAGUGUAUCGUGCCAUGUGGUGUCGCCGGAACGACGGUUUUGUGGAACGAAGUUUAAGGAAUUCUGUCUGUGGACGCCUGAACUGUGGGCGUAGAGUAAUCAUUGUGAUAACUUAUGAAAACAAAAAUAGAGAAAAACAACCGGACGAAAACUCAGUGAAGGGCAGCGAAACGGUGCCGGGGCUUGAAACCGGUACAGCCGGACCAUUUCACACGAUACAGUUUGUCCCACUUUCGCUACGGCGUACGGCUAGGAUUCUCGUGAUCGGACAGUGCUUUGUGUGCGGUGUACUGUUGCUACCUGAUGUGGUGUUUCGAUGUACGUUGUGCUGAACUGUUGCUUCCAGUGUUUCUUUCAAGUUUAUUCAAUGUAAAGCGAACGGAUCGAACGGGAAUGAAAGUACUGGGACAGAUCGUUGGAGUAGUAUGUAGACCGGAGACGAUGGCGAUGAGUUCCUAUAACUCAGAAAGUGAGCACUUUGAAAAUGAAUGUUUGAUUUGAAUUGCAUUUGACUUGUGGUCUAAGUGGUUGUGAGGCCCUGGGAAUGAAGGGAUUGAGGUUCCGUCUGAGGUUGGAUUCGCGCGAACGAACCUUUGGAUAACGUUUCGUGGUUUCAAAGCAGCGAUGAGCAAAGUGAAAUGCUUUGCGCAAAGCGCAAAGUUCAUUGCGCAUAUAAUUGUAACCAAACCACAAUCAACUCGAAGUUGCGGUACUGCUAUAAACUCAUUUUUCUAGGCCGGUCAAACAGGACACAUUUCUAUUAGACGAUCAGUACAAGAAUACGUCCUACUGCUGCCGGUGCUGCGGAAAAGCUAAUAAACGGGAAAGCAGAGUGCAAACCAGACAAAUAGAGAGCGACAUUAAAAAAGUUCCAACUAAAAUGAAAAAGCAAAAACUAAAAAAACUUCUACUCCUUCAAUUUGAAACAAACACAAAAAGGUAAAUA